UCCCUCAGUAUAUAUUUUCCUCUAACUAGAUCUAUUUCUUUUUCUCUAUUUUUAAUUAAUCAAACAAGAAAACUUUUUUCCUUGCACAAAUUUUCUUGGUUCUGUUUUGGAUAUAAACAUGGACAGUGGCCCAACUGAGUCAUGCAAACCCUGCAACAACAAUGUUGGGUGUAUUCCUCAAAAUGGUUCAUCCAUCAUUCAUGACUCUCACCCUCCUUCAACCAUUGCCUCCCCUGAUUCCACACUUGGCCGCCACCUUGCUCAUCGCCUUGUUCAGAUUGGCAUUAACGAUGUCUUCACAGUUCCCGGCGAUUUCAACCUUAACCUUCUCGACCUCCUAAUCGCCGAGCCUGGACUUAAGAAUAUCGGUUGCUGCAAUGAGCUCAAUGCAGGUUAUGCUGCGGAUGGCUAUGCCAGAGCUCGUGGUGUUGGUGCUUGUGUUGUCACAUUCACUGUGGGAGGGCUUAGCGUGCUUAAUGCCAUUGCCGGAGCUUACAGUGAGAACCUCCCUGUCAUUUGUAUCGUUGGAGGGCCUAAUACUAAUGAUUAUGGAACUAAUAGAAUUCUCCACCACACCAUUGGAUUGCCGGACUUUAGCCAAGAACUCCGGUGCUUCCAGACUGUGACAUGCUAUCAAGCUGUGGUAAGUCACUUAGAAGAUGCAUGUGAACAAAUUGAUACAGCCAUUUCUACUGCUCUUAAAGAAAGCAAGCCUGUCUAUAUCAGCAUCAGUUGCAACUUAGCCACUAUCCCCCAUCCAUCAUUUAGCAGAGAACCCAUUCCAUUUGCUCUCUCCCCCAGAUUGAGCAACAAGAUGGGUUUGGAAGCUGCUGUGGAAACAACAGUUGCCUUCUUGAGCAAGGCAGUGAAGCCAGUGUUGGUAGGAGGGCCAAAACUCAGAGUAGCGAAGGCCACUAAGGCCUUCGCCGAACUGGCUGAUGCCUGUGGCUAUGCGAUAGCCACCAUGCCAUCAGCAAAAGCGCUGGUACCGGAAAACCACCCCCACUUCAUAGGAACAUAUUGGGGCGCAGUUAGCACUGCCUUCUGCGCCGAGAUUGUGGAAUCAGCAGAUGCAUACUUGUUUGCCGGGCCAAUCUUCAAUGACUAUAGCUCUGUUGGCUAUUCCCUCCUCCUAAAGAAAGACAAGGCCAUCAUAGUGAAUCCAGACCGUGUGGUGGUAGCCAAUGGCCCUGCUUUCGGAUGUAUUCUGAUGAAAGACUUUCUUCAGGCACUUGCAAAGAGGAUCGACCGUAACACAACUUCUUAUGAAAACUACCACAGGAUUUAUGUCCCAAAUGGUGUUCCUCUGAAAUCAGAGCCUAAUGAGCCAUUAAGAGUCAAUGUUAUGUUUAAUCAUAUUCAGAAAAUGCUUUCUGGUGAUACUGCUGUGAUUGCUGAGACUGGAGAUUCUUGGUUUAAUUGCCAGAAGCUAAAGUUACCUGAAGGAUGUGGGUAUGAAUUCCAGAUGCAAUAUGGUUCAAUUGGAUGGUCUGUUGGUGCUACACUUGGUUAUGCUCAGUCUGUACCAAAUAAGAGAGUCAUUGCUUGCAUUGGUGAUGGAAGUUUCCAGGUAACUGCCCAAGAUGUGUCAACAAUGAUAAGAUGUGAGCAAAGGACAAUCAUCUUCCUAAUAAACAAUGGAGGCUACACCAUAGAAGUUGAAAUCCAUGAUGGGCCCUACAAUGUAAUCAAGAACUGGAAUUAUACAGCUCUAGUAGAUGCAAUCCACAAUGGGGAAGGCAAAUGUUGGACCAGCAAGGUUCGGACCGAGGAGGAGCUAAUUGAGGCCAUUGAAACAGCAACAGGAGAGAAGCAAGAUUGUUUAUGCUUCAUAGAAGUGAUUGUUCAUAGGGAUGACACAAGCAAAGAACUGCUUGAAUGGGGUUCCAGAGUCUGUUCUGCCAAUGGUCGCCCACCAAAUCCUCAAUGAAAAUCAUCCUUCAAAUGCUGAAUGUCAUUACCAAAAGAAUUCUAUCUAAACUUAUGAAGCAUUUCUCGUCCUUAUUAAUUCUUAUUAACAUUUUCAGCAAAAUGCAAAAUAAUCAUUUUUCUUUCCACAAAAUGUACUUGAUCAAAAUUUUAAAAAUAAUAAAAAUGAAGUACUAAUAAAUAUAUCCUUUAGUUAA